UUUCGCUCAGGCCCGUGGUGCCAGCAGGAUGGGCAAGUGUCGCGGUCUUCGUACUGCCAGGAAGCUCCGUAGCCACCGACGAGACCAGAAAUGGCAUGAUAAACAGUACGAGAAGGCCCAUUUGGGCACAGCCCUGAAGGCCAACCCUUUUGGCGGCGCCUCUCACGCCAAGGGAAUUGUGCUGGAAAAAGUAGGAGUUGAAGCCAAACAGCCAAAUUCUGCCAUCAGGAAGUGUGUCAGGGUUCAGCUAAUCAAGAAUGGUAAAAAAAUCACUGCUUUUGUACCCAAUGAUGGUUGCUUGAAUUUUAUUGAGGAAAAUGAUGAAGUUCUGGUUGCUGGAUUUGGUCUCAAAGGUCAUGCUGUUGGUGACAUUCCUGGAGUCCGCUUUAAGGUUGUCAAAGUAGCCAAUGUCUCUCUUUUGGCUUUAUACAAAGGCAAGAAGGAAAGACCAAGAUCAUAAAUUUUGAUGAUGAAAGCACGAUAGUAAUAAAUUUUCAUAUACCAAAAAAAAAAAAAAAAAAACAAAA